CUAAGCACCAAAUUUCGGAAACUGACGAAGACAACUUCUGCAAGUCCUUUCCCUUCGUUUCCGUCAAUGUUGUAGAAUUCCGGCGAUUUCUCCCUAAUCCCCGGUAUCUUUUUGACAUGAUCAUGUCAGUACUCAUUAAGCUUUUUGACGACACGGUGAAGACCAUAUCACGGCCUUUAGCUUCGAGACUGAUAAAAGGUGCUGCCUCGUACCCAAAAUUUAGGCAAGCCACCAUCAAAAUGGGUCAGAAAUUCUAUGAUAAUCCUGUUGAUGAGGAGCUAGCAAUGCAGACAACUGUCCAAUAUCUCGUUCAGUCGACGAUGUUAGGUACUGCAUGGAUCACCGUAUUCGAUCAAAUGGAUAGAUAUUUAGACCGCCAGAGGCAAAGAGUCUUGGUAGCAGAUCAAGCAAUGGAACAAUCCCGUAAAAGAAGAGAAGAAACUUGGAAAGAAUAUGAUAGACUCCGGGAAGAAAUUCGAGCUGCUAAUCUUGCGAGGUAA